AUGUCAAAAGGCUUAGAAUGCGGCGGGUACCCCGACCAGUACCGGUUUUGCGGAAUCGCUAGUCGGGGAAAGUGGAAAGGCGCACGAGUGCCGACUCCAAGGAACACCAAAGCUAAAUCUAGCGUUGCUGAGUCGCAGCAAGUCUCUACCACCGCAACACCGGGCUCGGAUACGCCUGGACGGACAGAGGGUGUCACAACGCAACCAUCUUCCAAGAAGCCUAGCAGAAGCGCAACAGAAUCGCCAGACGACAUCCCAAAGAUACUGAAUCUCACCCAGACGGAGAUGUUGUUAUCGCAUUAUGAGAGCUUCAUAUGCCCGCAUCAAAUUGCUGAGAUAGGUGGUACUAGCAGUAAUCCUUACCGAGCUUAUAUACUCCCGUUGGCGAGGAAACAAAUUGGCUUGUUAUAUGCCAUACUGGGGCUCUCGGCCUCUCAUCUUGGCAAGCUUACAGGAAAUAUGUCUCUAUAUGAGGAGACUGCAGUCGAGUAUCGGCUGAGAGCCAUACGCGGUCUCAGUGAGGAAAUCAGGAAGAGUCAGGGACCUAAUUUCCUGCAUGAGGACGAGCAAGAUGCUGUUCUCGCCAUAAUCCAGAUUCUCCUUCUACACGACAUUGCUGAGACGGGUAUCUCUACACAUGGCAUACACAUUACGGGGGCAAUGUCUGUGUGCAAACAGCUACUAUUAGCGGAUGGGCUGAAUAGUCGGCGACGACGAGCGGUCUUCUUCCUGGGAAAUUUGGCUUGGCUUGACAUCAUUCGUGCCUUUGCUGACCCUGAACGAUUGUGCUUCUCUCAAGACAUUCGCGAAACUGUCGCCAGUGCCACCGAUGAAACGUUCGAGCUAGUCAACGGAUGCCCCAGGGAGAUUUUCCUGGUUAUUGGAGCAGCCCUGGAAAAGGCAAAGGAAUACAAUCUCGGCUGGUUAUCAUGGGAUGAGUAUCAAGUUGCUUUGCAAUCUGCAAAGCACAAGCUCUACUCGUUCGACAGGACAGCUAGAACAUAUCCCAGCUCUGAUCCUCGGUGGAUGUCCACAGCGGAGGCGUUUCAGUACGCUUGCAUUCUACGCAUCCUUCGUUUGUUAGACCCAUUACAGCAACCCCGAAGCAAUGAAAUACAGGAGUGCGUGGCGAGGAUCUUAGACGCUACAGCCAGAAUUCCCUCGGAUUGUUGCCUCCUUGAGCUUCUUGUUUUUCCCCUGUUUAUGGGUGGAUCGGAUGCGCUUUCUCCUCACUCUCAAUACUAUGUCAUCGCGCGCUUGACUGAGAUUGAGCGAAGAUCUGAGUUCCGCAAUCCAGUACCUCGAGAAUUGUUAGAGAAGGUCUGGGCUGCGAGGGCUGCGCAAGCCCCUGGCGAUGAUCGGAACGUUUCCUGGACCACUUUCACUCAUUCACCCGAAUUGACACAGCAGCAUGAUUAUCUGAUUAUAUGA